AUGCCCCUUCUUCCCCAUCUCUCUGUCAUUUUCAUUGCUCCUCCUCCCUUUUCCCUUGCCUCAUCUUCUCUCUCUCACUCUCACAAAAUUGCCUUUUCCUCCUCAUGGCUCCUUCUUCAGAUGUCAACCAUCUUUCUCAUCCAUGCAUAUACGGUAUCAUCACUGUUUUCCCUCUCUUUCUCUUUCAGGGAUUAUAUUUCUCCUCGCUCAGAGAGAAAGUCUGGUUUCAUGAAAUGGCUCAGUAAGCUUUUCAGAGGUGGGUCCAACAGAGGAAGGGGUGGUCGUCAUCUGCAUGAGCCAACCGAGGAAAGCUUAGUUUGGGGUGCUCCAUCUAGAGCCUUGGAUGAUCGUGCUAGAGCUCAGAAGGAGAAGGAGGAUCUAGGCCAUGCAAUGGCACUUUCUUCAGCCGAAGAUUUAAAGAGACCAAACGCCCAUCAAGGAUAUAGUUGGGGAGAAGACUCUGGUGAAGAUUACUCAAAGGCACCUCUGGAUACCCUUAACUCAUCAUCACACCCCCCAUUUGCCCCUACACCAUUUUAUCCCCACGAAUAUAGAAGAAUAUGUGGUGGCUGCAACCAAGAGAUAAUGUAUGGAAAUUGUUUGGGGUGCAUGGAUACGUAUUUUCACCCAAAUUGCUUUCGUUGUCACUCCUGUCGUUACCCCAUUACUGAACGUGAGUUUUCCUUGUCAGGGAAGCAUCCAUAUCAUAAAUCCUGCUUUAAAGAGUUGACUCAUCCAAAAUGUGAAGUUUGCUUCCAAUUUAUUCCCAUUAAUGCAGCUGGCUUGAUUGAAUACAGGUGCCACCCCUUUUGGUCCCAAAAGUAUUGUCCAUCUCAUGAAUAUGAUAAUACAGCUCGCUGCUGUAGUUGUGAAAGAUUGGAGCCUCUGAACAUAAAAUACUAUAGACUAGAAGAUGGACGGAGUUUGUGUUUAGAGUGCAUGGAAUCUGCUAUAAUGGACACUGGUGAUUGCCAGCCUCUUUACCAUUCUAUCAGAGAUUACUAUGAAGGAAUGCAGAUGAGAAUCGAUCAACAAAUUCCCAUGCUUCUAGUUGAGAGAGAAGCACUAAAUGAAGCUAUAGUAGGGGAGAAAAAUGGUUUUCUACACUUACCAGAAACAAGGGGUUUAUGCCUUUCAGAAGAGCAGACUGUGACCAGUAUUCAUAGGAGGCCAAGAAUUGGAGGCCAUCGACUCAUAGGGAUGAGAACUCAACCACAAAAACUGAUUAGAAAAUGUGAAGUUACAGCAAUUCUUGUUCUAUAUGGUCUUCCUAGGUUACUCACAGGUGCUAUACUUGCCCAUGAGUUGAUGCAUGGCUGGCUACGCCUUAAAGGUUACCGCAACCUUAACCCUGAGGUAGAGGAAGGCAUUUGUCAGGUUCUUUCCUAUAUGUGGCUUGAGUCAGAAGUAAUGCCUAGCUUUCAAAGCAUGCCAUCAACGUCCACAGCUGCUGCUGCUUCUUCCUCCUCUUCAAAGAAGGGUGCAAAGUCUCAUGUUGAAAAUAAAUUGGGUGAUUUUUUCAAGAAUCAGAUUGCCAAUGAUUCUUCCCCAGCUUAUGGUGGUGGUUUUAGAGCUGCUAAUGAAGCUGUUAAUAAGUAUGGUUUGCGUAGAACACUUGACCAUAUUCAUUUGACUGGAAUUUUUCCAGUGUAA